AUGACGGACCAGCGGCGCAGUCCUUCUGGUGUUCGUCAGUCUACCGGUAGCGGUACCGGUACGAGUAGCAACAGCAAGACGAGCAGCAGUGGAGGUGGGAGUGGAAGUAAGAGCAAGAGCAGCAGCAGCAAGAGCAAGAGCAGCAAGAGUGACAAAGAUGACAAGAAGAAGAAGAGUAGCAGUACUACUGCUAGUACCACCAGUAGCAGUAGCAAGAAGAAAGAAGAAAAGAAAUCAUCCAAGAAAGACAAGGACAAGAAGAGUACUCACAGCAGUAAUGGUACUGGUACCAGUAGGAAUACCAAGAGCAAGUCAAGCAAAGAAAGCACUACCAGCACCAGCACCAGCAAGACCAAACUCACCAAAUCAAGUUCUAGUAAGGACAAAGACAAGGACAAAGAGAAAGAGAAAAAAAGCAGCAGAAAAGACAAAAAGUCAACUUCUAGUGCUGGUGCUAGUGCUAGUGCUGGUGCUAGUGCCACUAGCAGCAGCAAGACCAAAAAAGAGGACAAAAAGUCCCCCAAAUCAUCCAAAAAUGAAUCCAAGAGUAGCAGCUCCAAAACAAAAAGCAAGGACAAGGACAAAGAAAAGGAAAAAGAAAAAUCAACAAAGUCAACCUCCAAAUCAAAACCACAAUCUGCAGCUCCUUCAAAUCAUGACCAUGACCUGGACAGUUCUAGUAGUAGUGACAGUGACAGUGACAGUGACAGCAGUAGUGAGGAUUCCAGUUUCAGUGGAGAAAUUUCCAGUGGAGACAGUUUUGCCAACUCUAGUGGUGGAGAGUCAGAUUUGGAAGAAUCGCAAUCCAAUCGUCAAUCCACAAGAAUGGACUUUCAUGCAUCCAGUACCAGUAGAGCCUUGCCAACUGUGGCACUCAAUGCCAUGAGAGCCAUGCAAGCACUCAAAAAAGUGGAGCCUGCCACUGGACCCAAAGCUGCAGAAAUCAUUCAGGAUUCAGCCUUUCUGGCAUCACCCAAUCAGUCCAAAAAUAAACAGGGGAGAGCCAAAGUCACUGCCGCAGAAAUGACUGUCCUCAGUCCCAUUGUACAAUCACCCGCCUCGCAGACAACAUCCCUCGAUUGGGAAAAGCUCAACCGCAGACUCGCAUACAAACAGAACAAUACACGGAAAUCCAUGCUAAUGGGAUCAAUCUCAGAGCAUCAGUCACCAGCAAAGCCAUUUUCUGCCAAGUCUUAUUCUACUAGUAGAAAACAACACGAGAGGGACCAAGAAAAAAAGGCUGCCUCGGAAAAAACUGGAAAAUUCCGUCAAUUGAUACAAUCGCAGCACGCGGCGACGGAUUCAGGUCAUGCUUCACACAAGAUACUGGGAGCCGCCUCGGAACACAGAAUGAAACAGGCCGUAUUUGCGAAUGCUUCCAAAUUUGCAAACGCCCUAUCUUCGGCACAAAAUUCGCCCACAAAGCAACGACGAAUGUCCAGAGUCGUUGAUAGAGCGGUCCAGGGUGAUGAUUAUGACGAUGACGACGAAGACAACUCGGAGGAAGAAGACGAUGUCUCGGAGGAAGAUGACGUUUUAAAGAAACAACGAUCCCCCAAACGAGCGAACAGUACCGGUACGGGGAAAAACCUAAGAAUGAACAAAUCACUCAGUCAAAUUGGUGCGGCACGAAUACGACGCAACAAAAGCUCGGAUCCACAAUCGAGUUGGCAAAGCAGCAAACGGUCUCUCGAAAGUUCAGGGUCCAGGGGAAGUCGGGGAUCCGAAUCCUCCAGUCAGCAUUCACCAAAGAACAUGAGCGCUUCCACACGACAAAGGGUAGGACGGUCGUUACGCGGAAGUGCCAACAGUACUAUGGAUUCUUCGGCACGACGACGAAGAAUAGGGCGCAGCACUUCCAAUAAUAAUGGCGACAGCAACAACAAGGAUAACAAUGACAACAACAACAACAACAACAACAACCUUCCAUCGGACGGUCGAACCUCACGACGACUGAAAAAGAAACCGUCCUUGGAUUCAAAACACUCGGGGCACAAGUCUCUCAGUGCCGAUGGCUUUAAUCGGACGCGGCGACAUCGGAGGGGCGGCGACGAAAAUUUGCAAAAGUCCUCGAGCCAUGGAAUGGACCGGUCCCUGCGGCGCAACAAAACCAUGGAUGAUUCCAGCAGUCACAGUGCUGCUCGUCUACGAACGUCAGCACGAAGGAACAACAAAUUGUCCAAAAGUACCAACAGUCGUGGCAAGACGACGGUGGAAGACGGCGAUUGGGGAAUGGAGGGGUUGGAACUGGUUGAUGAAGACUGGGGAAGAGCAGCAGGGGACGAAAGUUUCAUUGUCGCCAAGGAAGACUUCUUCUCCGUGCACGAUAUAAUCAAAAAGGAUGAGGGAACAAGACGGGAUUCUAUUUGGUGA